UUUCCCUGCGCCACUGCGUGCUGGAUGUGGAGAGAGUCGAGGGCUGCGGAUCAGUGCUGGAGUACAACAUUUUGCAAGCAGCUCUGCAGAAGGAACACCUGUUUCAAUCCAGCCAAGCAAAAAAAAAAAAAAAAAAAAAAAAAAAGGCAAGACUUGUACGUUAUUUUGUCUGCUGGGUCACCGCCUCACAUUCAAACCCACCGGACACCUCUGCUCAUCAUUAAAAAACAAACAAACAAACAAAAAACCUUUCGGAUAAUACAUCUAUUCAUCAUAUCAUCAUAUAGAGGAUCAAAGUUUUAUGCUGGGAUUUUAUUUUUAUGUUUUGUUCUGCAGGCAACGAGCGAUAUAUAUACAUGUCCAUAUACCCAACCUGCUAUAUAUUCUCAUAUGUGUAUAUAUUUGCAUCAAGGAUACACGCUGAUGCAUGCAGUCUAAUAGUGUAAAGACAGCGCAUGUCUUUUUGGAGUCAGGAUCCAUAAUUCUGACGUAGUCUGUGUAUCUUAAAAAAUCGUGUACCGUCGGCUUUUAUUUUAAGUUGGCAUGGUCAUUCCUACCUUAACCCAAAUGGAGAAACUACGGAUUUGUAUUGUGAUCACAACCGGACGGGUUGAGGACCGUACCUGUUAAGAGCUGCGGGAUAUACCGUAUAUUUAUACAUUAUGCCAGUGUGUGAGUAUUGAGUGGUGGUUUCUUAGACUAACUGUGGUUUGACCUUGAACCUGUGUACCAGUCAAAACAAAAAUCUUACUUUUCCUAAUGUGUGUGUUUAAUGGAUUAAAAGCAGCUCCGCCUCGCCAGUAGCGCUGUCGCUGCUGCUGCAGGGAGGGAGUGGUGCGGAUACCUAGCAAUAAGAUCUCUUGGGUUGACACCAUUAUUAUUGUUGUUUAUUCUUGUUCUCUAAAAGCAGAAUCUUCUGAUGGCUCCUUUAGGUGAAGUUGGGAACUAUUUCGCUGUUCAGGAUGCGGUUCCUUUUGGGAAUGUGCCUGUUUUACCGGCGGAUAACCCGGUUUUCUUAAGCGAUCACCUGGGCCAGUCGGAAGCUGGGGGUCUCCCCAGGGGGGCUGCAGUAACGGACUUGGAUCAUUUAAAGGGGAUUCUGAGAAGGAGGCAGCUCUACUGCAGGACUGGAUAUCACUUAGAGAUUUUCCCCAAUGGCACCAUCCAGGGAACAAGGCAAGACCACAGCAGAUUUGGUAUACUGGAGUUCAUUAGUAUAGCAGUGGGCCUUGUCAGCAUUCGUGGUGUGGACAGCGGACUCUACCUCGGCAUGAAUGAAAAGGGGGAGCUGUAUGGGUCGGAAAAACUCACGGCGGAGUGUGUGUUCCGGGAGCAGUUUGAAGAGAACUGGUACAACACCUACUCCUCGAACCUGUUCAAACACGCAGACACGGGACGCCCGUAUUACCUGGGGCUGAAUAAAGACGGGACUCCACGAGAGGGGACUAGGACUAAACGGCAUCAAAGAUUUACACAUUUUUUACCAAGGCCUGUGGACCCCGACAAAGUCCCUGAACUAUAUAAAGAUAUUAUAAACCAAAGUUGAUAACAGGAGGUCCUUCCGUUUAGAGGAAAAAACAACAACAACAACAAAAGAAAACCAGAAACCAAACAAAACCACUCUAGAGAUUCCAUGCGGUGGGUUCCUGGUGGGUUCCUAUUGAUUAGCUGUGUCAUCACGUCCGCUCCACUGUUGCCAAACUUUUUUCGCAUGCAUAAUAUACAAGGGAGGAUUGAAAGAGACAUGCUGGAUUUGUUCUGCACUUAAACAAACGGUCUGUCCUGUUAGAGGAGAACCAAACUCGCCCAUCUGCUUGAUUUUGGUACGAGAGAAAGAGGAAGAAAAAGAGGCAGAGAGAGAGGAGGCCCCACAUGGAGAGAGAGAGAGAGAGAGAGAGAGAGAGAGAGAGAGAGAGAGAGAGAGAGAGAGAGAGAGAGAGAGGGACUGGUGCAUGCUGGGAGAUGGACACACGCUUUUAAGUUUUUUUUUUUAUCAGUUCUACUUCAUCUUGUAUCAGCAUAGCUGCCAUAACUUUUGAUUCGUCCGGAUGCAGGGCUGGUGACCCACUCAAACCUGUGCUGUAAUUAUAAUGGCAUGUAGGAUGCAGUCUUAAAAAAAAUACAAAUAAAGCAAGAGACAUUCAGUUAAUAAUGGCUCACCAUGGAGCAUAAAGACCUCUUAGAAAAAGAAAAGAAAAAAACAAGAAAAAAUAACUUACAUUUAUUUAUAGAAAACUUUCAAAGGCAACAUUAUAUUUAUUUUAUAUAUUUAUUUAUUAUAUAGAGUUUAUUUUUAAUGAAAUAUGUAUAGACCAAGAUCAAGGCAUUUCUGGAAAGCUUGAGGUUCUGUAAGCAUUUGGGAUGGUGGAGGACACUAGAAACCUGUGGUGCUGUGUGUCCAUGCAAGGAAGAAAGCAAAGAAGCGCACCCACACGAGCAACUCUAGGGAUCCUUGUACUGAAGGUGACAAUCUGUUUUUUGCCCAUAUUAUUGUAAUAAUAUGUUCACCACUCAUGACACUUGAGAAUUCACUCUGCUGACUGCUUGUUACGUAGCUUUCCCCCAGAGGAUUAAAGAUAAAGCUGGGUCUUAUCAUUUCUUUACCCCGUGUCUUUCAUCAUUUAUGCCUGUCAGAUAAAAGGGGUUCCUAUAUACAGCCAUGGUCAAAGGUUUGCAUCAUCCUAUAGAAUUAACACAUUCUGCUUCAUAAAGUCAAAUGAAACCUGCUGAAUAAUGU